GGGAGGAAUACGUAACUUUUAGUACAACAGACUCCACAACCUCUAAAACCCUAAAAACUCGUCCCCUCCACAUAUCGUGCCUCUUCCGCCCUUCUCAGUUUCUUGCGGGCUUAAAGUUUUGCAUACAUAAAGAAACUGAUUUUUUCUUCUUCCGUCAAGAUGCCGACGAUCAGCGAUGGUAUCACUAAAGCUGAAAAGAAGAGCAAGAACAGAGACCACAAGCGAAAGCUCGAAGACCCAGAGCCUGAACUCGUUGUAGAAUCCAAAAAGGACAAGAAAAAGAAGAAAGAAAAGGUCGAACCCCCCCAAGAAAUUGUAAAUGGAAACGAAAUCCUGAAUGGGUCAGACGAGUUGAGCGAGAAGAAGAAGAAGAAGAAAAAGAAACAAAAGAAAGAGGAAGAAGAAGAAGGAAUUAAGAACAAUGGCGGUGAAGUGGAGGAGGUUAGAGAAACCGAAGAUAAUGUUGUGGUCUCUGGUAAAGAUAUUAAUGAUUCAAAGUACAAAGCUUUGAGUUCCUUUUCAGAAUCUAAACUUUCUGAAGAAUUGCUAGAGUGUUGCAAGAAUUUCAGUAAGCCUUCGCCAAUUCAAUCGAAUUCGUGGCCUUUUCUUUUACAUGGUCGUGAUUUUAUUGGCAUUGCUAAAACUGGUUCAGGGAAGACACUGGCCUUUGGAAUACCUGCCAUGAAUCAUAUUUUGAACAAGAGGAAAAACAAACCAACCAAGAAAGUGACUCCACUUUGCCUUGUACUUUCACCCACAAGGGAACUUGCUCAACAGAUUUUUGACGUUCUAUCUGAAGCUGGGAAACCCAGUGGGGUUCGAUCGGUUUGUGUGUAUGGAGGAACUUCUAAAGGACCCCAAAUUUCUGCUCUAAAAUCUGGCAUGGAUAUUGUUGUUGGAACUCCUGGUCGUUUGAAAGACUUAAUAGAAAUGGGAGUAUGCCAGCUACAAGAGGUCUCUUUUGUGGUACUAGAUGAAGCUGAUCGAAUGCUUGAUAUGGGAUUUGAACCAGAAGUUCGUUCUAUUCUUAGCAAAACAAGUUCUGUUCGCCAAGUUGUAAUGUUCAGUGCAACAUGGCCCUUAGCUGUGAAUCAACUCGCUCAGGAAUUUAUGGAUCCAAAUCCUGUGAAGGUUGUUGUAGGUUCAGAGGAUUUAGCUGCAAACCAUGAUGUCAUGCAGAUUGUGGAGGUUUUGGAAGAUCGAGCACGUGAUGAACGUUUAGUUACAUUGCUAGAGAAAUACCACAAGUCAAGAAGGAACAGAGUACUGGUUUUUGUUUUGUACAAGAAGGAAGCAUCCAGAGUUGAGAGUAUGUUGCAAAGAAGGGGUUGGAAGGUUGUUUCCAUAAGUGGUGACAAACAACAAAGGGCACGUACCGAAGCACUUGCUUUAUUCAAGGAUGGUAGCUCUCCACUCUUGAUCGCAACCGAUGUGGCUGCUCGAGGUCUGGAUAUUCCAGAUGUUGAAGUUGUAAUAAAUUACAGCUUCCCAUUGACCACAGAGGAUUAUGUCCACAGAAUUGGGAGAACAGGACGUGCUGGCAAGAAGGGCGUUGCACAUACCUUCUUUAUGAAGGAGAAUAAGGCACUUUCUGGGGAGCUGAUAAAUGUGCUUAGAGAAGCGGGACAGAAUGUACCUGCUAACCUUUUGAACUUUGGGACUCAUGUCAAGAAAAAGGAAUCGAAGCUGUAUGGAGCCCAUUUCAAAGAGAUAUCUGCAGAUGCACCUAAAGCCACGAAGAUUACAUUUGACUCUGAUGAAGAUUGAUUCAGAUUUUUGACCAAAAACCAAGUGUUCUUAAUAUAUUUUCUCAUUCGAAUGUUUCCUUUUCUUAUUUAUUUAUUAUGUUAGAGUUAUAGUUGGAUAAAUAUGAUGAAAACUGCGACAUUACUAUCAGCUUAUAGUGUAUUUAUAUGAUCUGAUUAUUUAUGCAA